AUGGUUGAUAUAAGAAAAAAACCUAUUUGGCUUGAUUGUGAUCCUGGACAUGAUGAUGCAUUUGCUAUUAUCCUAGCUGCAUAUCAUCCAUCACUUGAAUUAAUUGGUAUUUCAACUGUUGUUGGAAAUCAAACACUUGAUCGAACAACACAAAAUGCAUAUAAAGUUGCUUAUAUAGCUGGUCUUCCAAAUAAUAUUCCAAUAAUACGUGGUUGUGAAGAAGCACUUUGUCGAAAACAGAUAAAGUUUUCUGAAGUUCAUGGGCAAACAGGUUUAGAUGGAACUGAUAUUCCAGAACAUCCAGAGUACAAAACAUUAAUUAAACAACAAGAUGAAAAUUAUCUAUGGAAUAUUUAUCAAAAAAUUGUUGAUGUUGGUAGACCAGUAACAUUAAUUGCUACUGGAUCAUUGACUAACAUUGCUUUGCUAUUGAAAGUUUUCCCUCAAAUAAAAAAUUCUUUAUCAGAAAUUGUUCUCAUCGGCGGCUGUAUUGGCCUUGGAAAUAUGACGCCUAGUGCAGAAUUCAACUUUAUGAGUGAUCCUGAUGCAGCUCAUAUUGUUUUUACAUCUCCUCAUGUUCCACGUCUUGUUAUGAUACCAUUAGAGUUAACACAUACUGUUUGUGUAACUCCAAAUGUUAGUGAACGUUUACGUUCCUUAGCUACUCCGUUUUCAUCAAUUCUCGAUCAUUUACUUCAUUUUUUUGCUGCGACUUAUAAACAAGUAUUUCAAUUUGAUUCACCACCCUUA